UAAUGGUAUUUGUUUUAACCACGGAAUAUGUUGUGAGUCUUUUCAACAUUUUUAUAAGAUUAGACGAAUGGGUCGUCCGAGUGGUUCUUGUAACUGUUCUUCGAAAUUACCCACUCUUCGCCGUUUGUCACGUCAUCUUGUUCACUGGAAAUAUUUGGUAGCUACCUUAUCACUUUCCUUCAUUUUGUCGACUUCCAUCUGUUGUAUUGUCUUUUUUCAUGUACCCGACCUUAGCAACCCUUUUGUUGAUUUUGUGGCGAUUGGAACUAGUCUAUCUGCUCGUACUCAGCAGUUUCAGGCACUACUAACUGAAACAUCAGAUAGUCCUGAAUAUUUUAUCAAAGACGAUCUAACGUGGAACAAAGAAUAUGAUUCAAAUUCAGCUAAAGUUGAAAAUCAUGCAUUUAACUUUCAUAAAACGGUUGUUGAUCGAUUUCGACGUAACAAGAAUGUUGACUAUUUUGAAAGGGAAUAUUGCCUUCAGGAAACCGCUAGUGAAAUGACCAGACCAGUUAACAGUUUAUGGACUAUAUAUGCUAAAUAUAGUCGAAUAGUUUUCUCUAUAAAUUACGAUCAAAUUGUCAAAAUACCUCAUAAAUCUUUAUUCAUGCAAACCUUAAUCAAUUCAAAGAAGAAUUUGACAUAUUUUAGUGAACCAUCAUUAUUGUAUAUUAUUUUAUCUGAUCUGUGUAAAUUACAGUUGAGAAUUACUCACUUAUCUACAUAUCAAAAAUUAUGUUAUAGGAAAUCAUCUAAGUUGCACAAUAAUACACAUUUAUUUACUGUAAAUAAUAAAAUUACACUUGACAGAACUGAGCAUAAUAACUGCUGUUCAAUUUGGUGUUUGCCAAACAUGAUUGCAUCAAUUUUCAAUAAACAGUCAUGUAAACAGCUGGAAUAUAUUGAUGCUAAACAAACUGCUGAGUUGAUUUCUACUUGUUAUCCAGCUUUUCUUUCUGGUCAUUUACGUCGUUCAUGUUGGGAUAAUUAUGGUACUGAUCCUAGUUUACUAUGUCCUUUGGUAUAUCCAUCACAAUGUUUAUAUUCACCUUUAUUGCCGAUAAUUUUGGCUGUUCUCUUACCAAAUGAUGGUAACAGUUUUAAUAAUUGGGAAAAAAGCUUAAUGGUUUUGCCUGUACACUCUACUGGUUCGCAUUUGUUUUUUAAUGAAAUAGAAAAUGAGUAUAAAUCGGGUAGACUUACAGAAGGAUUACAUAUCCCAUUUCAUUUUGAUGGAAUAUAUAUACAAGAAUAUGAUGAAAUUGUUACUCAGUUGCUCUAUCGUGAUACUUCUUGGCUAUUUAUUAGUUUAAUAUGUUUACUAAUCUUAUUGACUAUAUGGACUCGAACGAUCUCCAUACCAAUUCUAACUGUAUUGGCUAUUAUCUGGUCUUUAUUAACUGCCUAUACGGUAUAUACAAUAGUAUUAAAAAUUCCACAUUUCCCAGUUAUUAACUUAUUAGCUAUUGUUUUGGUAACUGGACUUGGUGCGGAUGAUCUAUUAGUGUUUUAUCAGAUUUGGAAACAGAAACGUUUUAUAUUGGCCCAAACAACUAUCAUUGAACAUAUUGAUCAUCAUGAUAAUAAUUUCAAUGUAAUGCCUAAUUUUAAAGCAAAUGAAUUAAUAUCAAUUAAUCAGAAUAAUUUACAAAAUGCUUCAUCUUCAUUAAAUAAAAAAAUAAAUAUUAUAUCAAAUCAAUAUUUUAAUAAUGAUGAUAAAAUUCAUUCCAUUUCAAUGAAUCAUUUACAAAAUAAUCAAUUUAUUAUUAAUGAACAACAAAUUAUUGAAUGUUUACAUUUUACAUUAUUACAUGCUAUUCCAUCAAUGACAUUAACUACAAUUUCAACUAUAUGUGGUUUAUUAAUUAAUUUAUUCUCUUCAAUUAUUGCAAUAAAACGUUUUACUAUAUUUGCUAGUUUAGUUAUUUUAUUUAAUUAUUUAUUUAUAUUUAUUAUGAUUAUACCAAUGAUAAUUAUAUUUGAAUUUAAUUAUUUAUCUAAAUGUAAACAUUUUAUUAUUUUAUUAUUUUAUAAAUAUUAUCAAUCUAUUUCUAAUAAAGUUUAUAAUAUCAUUUUAUUGUUUAAUAAAUUAAUAAUUAAAUUACAUUUUAUUUUUCCAUUUAUUAUUAUUAUUACAUUAUUAUUUACAAGUUAUCAAUUAUUAUGGUUACAUAAAUUUAAUAUACCAUAUAAUGAUCAUUAUAGUUCUACAUUUCUACGUUUAAAUCAUCCAUUAGAACAAUUUACAUAUAAACAUGUAAAUAAUUCAUUUUGGACUGAAUAUAAUUUACAUUAUUAUCAAAAUUUAUUAAAAAUUCAUUUUAUUUGGGGUCCUAAACCAUAUGAUGAAAGAAAUUUAUAUAAUUAUAAUCAUGAUAUAUUUAUUCAUUCAAAAUUAUUACUUUAUUCAUCUUCUAUGAUUAAUUUGACUUCAAUUAAUUCACGUUUAUGGUUAUUAAAAUUUUGUAAUGAAUUAAAACGUAUGCCAUUUUUAUUUCAAUCUUCUUCUAUAAAAUAUCAUCAACAAACAUUAAAUUCAUUACAAUUAUCAUUAUUAAAUCCUUUCAUAAAUAUACCUGUUUGGUGUCCAUUUGGUCGUUAUAUAAAUUCUAUAGAUAAUUAUAUAUAUUCAUUAAAUUGUUCAAUAGAUAUUAGUACUUGUUGUUUAAAUGGAAAACCUUUAGAAAUUUAUAAUUCUUCUGUUAUAUUAUUUUUAUCUUGUUUAAAUGAAUAUAUAUCAUAUGAAAAUCAACAAGGAUAUAUUACUGGAUUUCGAUUUAUGCAUAAAUCUGGUAUAAAUGAACCGGUAGGAUUUAUUGUUAAUGCAUUAACUAAUAUCUCUUUAAUUUCAUCUUCACAUUAUGAUAUAGAAAAUUUUAUGAAUAAAAUAACUAUAUGGUUUAAUAAUUUAUUAUCAACUGCACCUAAUUUGUUAAAUCAUGGUUUUCUAGUUGUAAAUGAAUUGGAAAAAUUUGAAAUUACAUUAAACAUUACACAGUAUGUAUAUCAUAGUAUAAUAAUUGCUGUAAUUAUUGCUAGUUUAUUAAUAUUUCUUAUUAGUAAAAAUAUAUUACUUUCUUUAUUAUCACUUAUAUGCUUAACUUGUUGCCUGUUAUCAUCUAUCACUUUAUUAACAUGUAUAGAUAAUUGGAAAUUAGGUAUAAUUGAAGGUUUAGUGAUUAGUUUAGCCGCUGGUCUUGCUAUUGAUCCUUGUAUACACUUAGCUUAUGCUGUAUCUGAUAAAUGCAAUACAGGUAGUUGGCGUUGUCAACAGUCUAUUUGUUCUCGUAAUAAUUUACUCACUGUACUUAAUUCCUUAGGUCCGGCUAUUAGUGGAUCAGCUUGGACUAGUGCAAUAACUGGUCUUCCUAUGCUAUUUUCUAAUCUACUUUGUUUUCAUCAAAUUGGUUCAUUUCUGUUGACAUUAAUGCUUUGUUCAUGGUUUUUCUGUUAUAUUGUUCUCACUGGUAUCCUUGCUUUUGCUGAUUAUGUUUUUGGAUACUUUAAAUGUAACCGAGUGUAUUUGUAAUAUUCCCUGUAAUAUUUGUUGUUUUUAUUACUCUUACGAUUUGUUAUAAAUUUUAUUAAUGUGCAGUUUUAUAUUCUUC